GGAGAGGGAGAAGCAGGCUUCCCGCCGAGCGGGGAGCCCGAUGCGGGGCUCGAUCCCAAGACCCUGGGAUCAUGACCUGAGCCGAAGGCAGACGCCCAACGACUGAGCCACCCAGGCGUCCCCAGCCUUUGCCAUUUUGAUAGGUUAUGUGUGAGAUUUUACAUUUGCAUUUUUACUAUUAAAGUCCUGGGCAUGCGACUCUUGAUCUCGGGGUCCUGAGUUUCAGCCCUAGAGUGUAGAGAUUACUAAAUAAAAAAAAUAAAUAAUAAACUAAGAAUAAAAAGUCCUGUAAGCCUACUGAUCAUUUGUUAUUUAUGAAUAACCUGCCCAUAGCUCUUGCCCCACAUGUGAGUUGUUAUAGGGCAAACUCGAUGGUGAAAUGUCUAGAAAACUGAAAUGUCCGUUUGGUAAAGUAAAAAGUGUACAUAAGUUUAAACUUGAAUUACAGCUUGUGAAUACGAUAACGUACAUAAAUGCUGGAAAUUAUAAUUAUUGUGGCCGUUAUUCUGCAGAACUAAUUGCACCAUGGCACAGGGACCUAAAAAAGCAGCAUGUGCCGUAGUGGGUUGAUUUGAAGGAACUAAGAGGCUAUCUGUGGCGCUUCCACCAGCCGGCUCCAAUUCCUGCCCCUCCUCGCGGCGGUUGGCGGUGUCACUAUGGCAACGACCACGCGCUGCCCCAGGCUCAAUUCUCUGGCGGUUACCGAACUGGGCCGCCCCACUCUCCGCAGACCAGCGACUCCACGGCGCGUCCCACCCACCUGGGUCUCGGGUCCAUCUCCUCCCGCCCGAGGGCUAGGAGCGGCGGGGCAGCAUGGCCAAGGCGGCAGCCUCUUCGCCGCUGGAGGACUUGGACCUGAGCGGAGAGGAGGUCCAGCGGCUCACCUCAGCCUUCCAGGACCCGGAGUUCCGGCGAAUGUUCACCGAGUACGCCGAGGAGCUCACGGACCCGGAGAACCGGCGGCGCUACGAGGCGGAGAUCACCGCGCUGGAGCGUGAGCGCGGAGUGGACGUGCGGUUCGUGCACCCGCAGCCGGGUCACGUACUGCGCACUAGCCUCGACGGGGCGCGGCGCUGCUUCGUGAACGUGUGCAGCAACGCGCUGGUGGGCGCGCCCAGCAGCCGACCCGGCCCCAGGGGCACGGCGGCCGGCAGCCAGUGGUCCCUGCCCUACAGCCUGGCUCCCGGCCGCGAGUACGCGGGGGGCCGAGGCACCCGCUACACAGUCUACGACGUGGUCUUCCACCCAGACGCGCUCGCGCUGGCCCGGCGCCACGAGCGCUUCCGCCAAAUGUUGGACGCCACGGCACUGGAGGCCAUCGAGAAGCAGUUCGGCGUGAAGCUGGACCGCAGGAAUGCCAAGACCCUGAAGAUCAAGUACAAGGGGACUCAGGAGGCUGCCGUGCUGCGCACGCCCCUUCCCGGGGGCGUCCCGGCCCGGCCCGAGGGGGAGCCGGAGAGCCCUCUCCCCGAUUUCCCCUACCCCUACCAGUGCCCUGCGGCGGCCGGAAACUCACUGGUCCCCCCACCCCAGGCGCCCUCCCCUCCGGAGGCGGUCCUGCAGCUCGCCCCCACCGAGCCUCGCUACAGCGUGGUGCAGCGCCACCACGUGGACCUCCAGGAUUACCGCUGCUCCCGGGACUCGGCCCCCAGCCCGGUGCCCCGGGAACUGGUGGUCACCAUCGAGCUGCCGUUGUUGCGCUCGGCCGAGCAGGCGGCGCUGGAGGUGACGGGAAAGCGGCUGUGCCUCGACUCAAGGAAACCCGACUACCGGCUGCGGCUCUCGCUCCCGUACGCAGUGGACGACAGCCGCGGCAAGGCGCAGUUCAACAAGGCCCGGCGACAGCUGGUGGUCACCCUUCCCGUGGCGCUCCCCCCCGCGCGCCAGGAACCCGCCGUGGCGCCGGAAGAGUCCGUCUGCAUGUCCGGAACUGACGGCGCGGCCUGCGCUUCCGCUCGCAAGGGGGAGAUGGGCCCGGUAGGGGGUUGUGCCGGUAACGGUGGCCCGGAUCCCAGGCCACCCGGGGCUGCGGACGCCGGGAUCACCACCCCAGCCGCCGCUGUGGAGGAGCUCGUCUCCGAGCCGGAGGAGCAGGACUUGGACGAGCAAGCGGUGUGGACAACGGGCAUCGAGGAGGAGCCGCCUACCGUAGCAGGGAACUCACCUGGGGACGGUGGAGGAGGCUCCCCGGGUACUUCAUCUGGGGACCUUGACAGGGGGUCUUUUGCAGGAAGAGAGAGUGCGCGUGGAGAUUUCGGAGUUGAGACGCGAGUGAUCGGGGAAGGCGCGGGCCGGGAGCCCUCCGAUCGAGCCAUGGAUGGUCCCGGGACCGGCAGCAAGGAACCUUUGUGUCCUCCUUUGCAUUGUAAUCAGGAUGAAGAAUCCCUGACUCUGCUAAUUCAAGUGCCUCGGAUCCAACCGCAAAGUCUUCAAGGGGAUGUGAGCCCCUUCCGGUACAAAUUAGGCUUCUCCACCCAAGACUCAGUUUAUUAUUCCUUUUUUUUGCAAUUUGCUCCGGAGAAUAAAUUGAGUACCAAAGAACCUGUGGCUAGUAUUUCUUCAAACAAUGCAGUGAUAGAACUGGCUAAAUCCCCAGAGUGCUAUGGACAUUGGAGAGAGUGGUAUUAUGGUUUAAACAAGGAUUUUUUGGAGGAAAGGCUGUUUGUCAAUGAAGAAAAUGUUGAUGAGGUGCUUGAAGAGGUCCUGAGCCCUCCAUUUAAUCAGACAAUGUCCUUAACCCCACCAUUAAUUGAAGUUCUUCAGGUUACUGAUAGUAAGAUUCAAAUUCAUACAAAGUUGCAAGAAUGUAGUAACUCUGAACAGCUUCAUGAAAAGGAAGAAAAAGGCACUGAAGGAAGUCAUCUCCCUGAAAAAGAAAAUACAGAACAUCCUACCACCUCAACAACUGAUUCUGAUUCGUCUAUAGCAGUUAAAGUACUAGAAACAGACAGUUGUGGUUCAGUUGUAUGCUUGCAACAAGAGUCUCUUGAUGUUUCUCACAUGCUGUUUGGAAAGUCUCAGCAACCUGAGUCAAAAAUGGAACCUGAAUUUAUAAAAGAAAAAAGUCCUGUUUACUCAAAUGAGGAAAAAGAUGACUUAAAAGAACCAAUGAUAACAGAAGAGAAAGAAUUAGAUGGAGAUGACCUAUCUUCAUUACUAAACAAAACUACAGUUCACAAUUUACCUGGUCUUAACAACAUAAAAGAAACCAAUAUGCAGGAUGGUAGCGUGCAGUUUAUUAAAGAUCAUGUGACUCAAUGCGCAUUCAGUUUUCAUAAUUCUUUGCUGUAUGACUUGGACUAAUUCUAUGUAAUUUUAGAGUUUAAAAGUUUUUUGGACUUAAAAUAGAUUAUCUUUCUGUUAACUACUAUCUUAAAGUAUUCAAAAAGUAUAAAAUUAAAAUUUGCAAUUUUGAUUCUAAUGGGGAAAUUAGAGAGAAUUUAUUUUUUUGCCCAUGUAGAGUUUAUACAAAGUUUUCUUAAUCAUGGAGAUUUUUGUGAUUCAUCUGAUAGAUGUAUAUUUUUUCUAAUGGGCAAACAUUUAGUUUUAAUGCAACCUGUAUAUAUUUGCUUGUUUGUUUUUGGCUUCUUUUGUUUACCAUUACUUUAAUAAAGUUUCAAAGUAAAUAUUCACUAAGUUGUGUCUGUUACAAAAAGUAAUUUUCAAGAAUGCAAUUAACUAGAAAUUAAUCAGUAUGUGUGUGUGGGUAGGCGUAGAAUCUCCAAACUAUGCCUUUAUGUUUCACCAAAUAGGAGGUAUUUAUGCUUGAAAUAGAGAUUCUUAGAACUUUACUAACCAGUAUUAACUAUCCAAUUACAAUACAAAUACACUGAAUGAAAUUUAGUAUUUUUGCUUCACCUCUUUUAUGUGUGUCACACACACACACUAUAUAUAUAUAUAUAUAUAUAUAUAUAUAUGUAUAUAUAUAUAUAUAUAAAGAGAGAGAGAGAGUUAUAAGGUUAUAUAGUGAUGCCUUUAAAAUUCAACUUAAGGGCGCCUGGGUGGCUCAGUUGGUUGAGCAACUGCCUUCGGCUCAGGUCAUGAUCCAGGAGUCCCGGGAUCGAGUCCCACAUCGGGCUCCCUGCUCAGCGGGGAGUCUGCUUCUCCCUCUGACCCUCCCCCCUCUCAUGCUCUCUCUCUCUCUCAUUCUCUCUCUCAAAAUCUUUAAAAUAAAAAAUAAAAUUCAACUUAAAAGAUGUUUUUGGAAGUUACUGUUACAGUAUUAAAACAUUUCUUGGUUUUAUAGAAUACAUUUAUCAAUUUUUUAAAAAGCUUUUAAGUAAUCUCUAUACCCAAAUGUGGGGCUCGAACUUAAAACCCUGAGAUCAAUAAGUCAAACACUCCACCAACUGGGCCAGCUAGGUACCCCUACAUUUAUGAAUUUUAGAACAAUUAAAAAUCUGGGAAUUUGCUCCCAUAGGAAAAUUGUCUUCACUGUAUUACAUGAAAACAAACCAAAAAGCCAGUGUUUUCUAGUCAGUUUCUCUUGUAAUAUCUAAAAAGGGCAACAGAUAAUUUAUCUUAACAGUGGCUAAGUUAUUAAUAUUUAUAUUGGAGGCCAGGAGAAAAUCCGAAUAGGUUUUUUUCCUCACAAAAAUUUUUAGUACCGCAUGAAAGAAAAUGUAGAAAGGAAAAUAUUUGUUGAUCUAAUUGCAGACCCCAAAGCCAUGAGCUAGUUUAUCUGAUCUAUUUCUGAUUCAAAAUAGCUAAUUCAAACCUCUGGUUUCCCUUAGUCCUGGAAAUUAACUCAUUUUUUUAGUCCUUUAAACUGGUAAAAGUCAGAUCAGAGCACCAAAAGCUAUCACAAAGCCUGGCAAUUCAUCCUGAUUUACAUUUAGAACCCCUAAAAUAUCUGGAACCAAACUGGGCUGUGAGGGUAAUAUAAAUAUAGCUCAUAAAGCAAGAGAUCUAUUUUGUUCCACCUAGAACGACCACAUGCAUUUUGUCAACCAUAAUAUGACUCUUAAUUUGAUAAAAUAAUUUCAAAAUUGUCCAUUUAAUACACAAUUUUCUUAGACUGAAAUGAGGUCCUAUCUACACAGAAAUUACUCUGAGUAACUUCUGGUUGAAUGCAAUUAUAUACUAUUAAGAGAAACUUCCACAUUAAAUAUGGAAUAAAUUUUAAGCAUGUUUCCUAUUAUUUACUGUGUCCUUUUAAAAAGUAUAAUUUCAGUUAGAGCUGGCACUAGAACAUUUUCACUUUGGCAUAACUGAACUUUCUAUCAUUUCUGGCUUUCGAAAACAAUUUAGUCUGUAUUUUACUUACACAGCAGCUUUUUAUUGUUCAUUAUCUAUGCUUGGCUAAUUUGAAAGCCAGUCUCUUCUAAAGGGAAUGCAUUGU